AAUUCCUGCAACUGUAGCGGCACCAAGUGACAAGAACACUCCAAGUGCAUCUCAACGCCUUCUUCAUUCUUGCAUUUGCUUUCUGGCGCGCACUUCUCAACGCAAGUCCGUCCCAGUUCAGUAAACCUUCUCUACACAUAUAUCAAGAUGGUCGCCGUCGACAGUGCAACGCUGGGUUUCCCCCGCAUGGGCCCCAACCGUGAGCUCAAGUUCGCCCUUGAGAAGUUCUGGCGCAACAAGAUUAGCGAGGAGGAGCUGUACAAGAUUGCUAACUCUGUGGAGGAGGCCAACUGGAAGAAGCAGAUCGACGCCGGUGUCAGCCGUGUGGGUGUUGGCCUCUUCUCGCUCUACGACCACGUGCUGGACUGGACCUACUACUUGGGUCUGGCCCCAGAGCGCUUCGCGUCGGUGCCCGCCGGUCUGUCGCAGUACUUCGCUAUGGCCCGUGGCGUUGACGGCAUCCCCGCUCUUGACAUGACGAAGUGGUUCGACUCCAACUACCACUACGAGGUGCCUGAGCUCAACGCCAAGUCCACGCCCAAGGCUAACUUCGGCUCGUAUGUGGCCAGCAUCAAGCGCGCUUUGGCUGUUGUGGGCCCCAACAAGACGGUCCCGAUCAUUCUCGGCCCUCUGACUUACCUGGCCCUGAGCAAGUACGACGGCGCCACCCUUGACGAGUUGCUGGUCAAGGUCCUGCCCCUCUACACUGCUCUGCUGAACGAGCUCGCCGGUCUAGGUGUGCAGGAGGUGCAGGUGCACGAGCCUUCCCUCGUUGGCACUCAGGCCGAUCAGUUGGCCAAGCACCUUGCCACCGUCUACGGAUCCAAGGACCAGAAGGGUGCCAUUCAGCACGAGAAGCUCGCCAUUAACCUGGCUACAUACUUUGAGGAGAUCAACCACGACGUGUACCAGUGGUUUGCCACGUCGCCUGUGUCGGCCAUCUCGCUUGACUUUACCCGCGGUGACAACCUGUCGGUGCUACAGAAGUUCGGCUUCCCUGCCGGCAAGCGUCUCGGUGCCGGUCUGAUCGACGGCCGCAGCGUGUGGAAGUUCAACCCCGACACGAUCCUGUCCCAGGUUGCCGAGAUCAAGAAGGUGCUCGCCGCCUCGGAGAACUCGCAACUGACCAUCCAGACCAGCUCUUCGCUGCAACACGUCCCGUACACGACCGAGUGUGAGUCGGCUCUGAACGCCGGUGAGACCGACGGUCUUCUGGGCGUUCUCAGCUUUGCGUACGAGAAGCUUGACGAACUUGAGGCUGUCAAGAAGAUUGCCGAGAUUGGCGAGGAGGCCGCUAAGGCUGAGAUCGACGCUGCUAAAAAGAACUGGACUAUCUACUAUGAGAAGAACCCGGCCAAGGCCGCUGUGCAGUCGCGUCUGUCCGCCGUGACGGAGGCAGACUUCAAGCGCCCUUCGCCGUUUGCUGAACGUCGCCCUUCGCAGCUUAAGGGUUUGCCGGUGCUGCCUACCACCACCAUCGGCUCGUUCCCCCAGACCGCUCAAAUCCGCGCUCUGCGUCGCAAGCUCAAGGCCGGCGACAUCUCGUUGGAGCACUACCGUGGCAAGAUCGACGAACAGAUCGCCUACAACAUCGGCAUUCAGGAAGCUCUGGGCCUGGACAUCUUGGUCCACGGCGAGCCAGAGCGUACCGACAUGGUUGAGUACUUCGCUGAGAAGCUCAACGGCUUCGCCUUCACGCAGAACGGAUGGGUCCAGAGUUACGGCUCGCGUUGCGUGCGUCCUCCGAUCAUCUUCGCCGACCUGGAGCGUCCGGCCGACAUGACCGUGCGUGAGUUCGUCGUUGCCCAAUCGUUCACUACCAAGCCGGUUAAGGGUAUGCUCACGGGUCCCGUGACCAUCCUGAACUGGUCGUUCCCCCGUAAGGACAUCAGCCGCAAGGACCAGGCCUUCCAGCUCGCUCUGUGUCUGCGUGACGAGGUUGCUGACCUCGAGACCGCUAAGUGCGUCGUGAUCCAGGUGGAUGAGCCUGCUCUUCGUGAAGGUAUGCCGCUUAAACCUGCCAAGAAGGACGAGUACCUCAACUGGGCCGUGGACGCCUUCCGUCUGUCAACUGCUGUGGCCAAGAACGAGACCUCAAUCCACACCCACAUGUGCUACUGCGAGUUCUCGGACUGCAUGCACGCUAUUGACGCCAUUGAUGCCGAUGUGAACUCGAUUGAGAACGCGCGCUCGGACGAUGAGACUAUUCGCUCGUUCAAGUCCAUCGGUUACAAGCGUGACCUGGGCCCGGGCACGUACGACAUCCACUCCCCUGUGGUGCCGCCCAAGGAGGAGAUUGUCAAGAAGCUUAAGAGCUUCCUGAACCUUCUUCCGGCCGAGCAGGUUGUUGUCAACCCUGACUGCGGUCUCAAGACGCGCAAGUGGCCUGAGACGAUUGCUGCUCUGCGCAACAUGGUGGACGCCACCCUUGAGGUCCGUGCUUCUUUGUAAGCAUUGCACACCUCCGAUUUCUCAUUGAGAAGACGGAGAAACCCUCUCUUCCAUUCUACUGAUGAAUUUGUGCGCCAAGGCGUUUGAGGUAAAACUCAUCGUCUUCGCUCACUCGACAUGUCCCGAGCACCAAGUGCAGGCAUGGCCAAGUUGCCGAGACCAUAGUUAGCAGGAUGUCUCGCCACCUUGGAUGAUCUGAAAAAUAAAGAGUUUGUUUUUU